UAAAUGUCAUAGACUGUCAUAAAAUCAUGAAUCAAAUAUAAUGAACGUUUUAGUGCGGUGAAAAUUUCUGUUUUUUUCAUGUUUUUUACUGGUUUUGUUUUCUUCAUUUCUUUUUGUGCGUAUAUCAAUCAUUUCCAUGCACACAAACGAGCAAUUUUGUCCGGACGCGUUGAAAUUUAACAAUGACAAGAUUGUUAACUAUAUUUGCGAGCUGAGGCGCCAACGUGACGAAGUCGUGCGCCUUCUUCGCAAACAAGAAGAAGAAAAGGCUGAACUCGGCCUGGAAAUGGAACGAUUGGCUUAUAAAAUGAAUGUGUUGUCUAAAAGCAUGGCACAACGUGUAAUAACUCGUGAUCGUUACAACGAAGCCAUAAUUGAAGCCGAAGACUACUACACUAAACUUGUAAAAUCUUCCGAAGCAUUACUCGAUGCAGUUAGUAAAGAUUUCAAUGAAUUGUACGAGAGUAUGGACAAAAAAGUCGGCCCGGAUGUUGGUGGUAAAGAUGAUAUAUGCAGUAGUACGUCGUUUCUGACAAACAGAACAAAGCAACAAUGAUUAAAAUUCAUAAUUUAUUGUAAAGUUUACAAAAAUUUAAUAAAUUGUGUCCGUGUGUGUA